UAAUGGCUAUUGAUGGUUUUAGCAAGAAGGUUGUCGGUCACUCCACCAUGCCAAUAAAGAACAACAUAAUCAUUUAUGAGGAAGUGUACAGACCUGCUGUGCUUUCCUAUGGACUAUGGGACCAGGUCAGAGUUGACUGUGGAAAAGAGAUUUAUCUGACAUUAUUCAUCCAGGAAAAGCUUGCAGAACACGGAUUCAAUCCUCAAAGGCAGCCAUACAUUCAAACACCUUCUACAUGGAACCACGUGAUAGAGAGAAUGUGGUCAGAGGUGAAUGCCAGAGUCAACUACCCUUUGAAGUCAGCUUUGGUACAGCCGGUGAACCAGGAGGAACUGGACAUGGAGGACAACACAUACAAGUAUUGUGUGUCAAACCUGAAAUGCCAGAUAGCUAGAGUUGGCAUCACAAAUGUCAAAGAGGCAUGGAAUGCACACAGGAUACCAGGAAAGGGAAUACCAAAUGAACUGGCUAAAGAAGGGUGUCCUGCAAAACUUCAAGAGGACUACCUGCCUAUUGGUACUGUUGCUGCUGACCUUUAUCAGCAGGAAUUGGGAUCAGCCUUGAAAAGGGAAUCAAUCAAUCCAUUUUUGGAUGUAAUCCUUCCCGUAAAGCCCAACAAUGGACUGAGACUGAAUUUGGUUCUCAAAUUGACUUGUUAUCACUACACCAAAAUGUGAUUAACCAUAACUAUGGCCCUUUUAAAGAUGCAGUUAUGUCUCUUAUUGAUAUCGUCAGAAGAUGUGUGUGA